ACACAACGGGAUUUUGCAUUUGUUUGCAACUUGAAUCAUUUCCACACCGAAAAGGCAUAAUUAAUUACUCGUUCUGUAUCUGAAAAGGUGGUCCUCUCUAGAUUUAAAAGACAUGUAAGUCUUAGUAUUAUGGAACCCGAUUUUAUAAUUUCAAUGACAUCAGAUAUGCUUAAAAACACAAUUUUACUAGACUCGACUUAAGUUAAUUACUUUCUUGACUGCAUGUGAUGGCUGGUAAGAGACUGGUAUCCAUACUCAACUUGGGUCACAUACAAUACAGAAGGGCUUGGAAGCUCCAACAAAGAUUGGUUAGACGGCAGCUUGACCUACUGAAGACUGGUGGAAAUGAAGCUCACAAAGAAACUCAAGAUAUGCUUCUUCUUUGUACACAUAGCCCUGUCUAUACAAUAGGUAUUAGAACCAAAGGCUACACGUCCGCAGACGAGGAGAGGCUCAAAGAUCUUGGUGCUGACUUCUUCAGAACCGAAAGGGGAGGACUGAUCACAUUCCAUGGUCCUGGCCAACUUGUAGCUUAUCCCAUCCUGGACCUGACCCACUACCAGAAGAGUGUCCGAUGGUAUGUCAAGCAGCUCGAAGACACGGUCAUCAAGACCUGUGGAAGGUUUGGUGUCAUUGGACAGUGUUCCCCUGACACUGGUGUGUGGGUUGGUGAUAGCAAGAUUGCUGCCAUAGGUAUUCACUGUACACGGUACAUCACAAGCCAUGGCCUUGCCCUGAACUGCAACACUGACCUACGAUGGUUUGACCACAUAGUGCCUUGUGGGAUCGAAGGUAAAGGGGUCACUUCCUUGAGUAAUGAGGUCAGACACAGAACUAUAACAGUUGAAGAUGCAGUAGAACCCUUCUUAGAGUCCUUUAGUGAACAGUUUGAGUGUUGGCUCGUUGAUGGUGAUAGGGGAUUGCAUAAAAUGCUGGAGUGAUAUCAAGCCAAAGCCUUUGAGGUCACAGAUGGUGUAGAGAAGCUGUUAACCACUUGACAACUGCAACCAGAUAGUCCCUGUACAAAGCCAAUAGAAAUUAAAAGAUUCUGUAUUCAACAGGUUUAUUGAUGUACAAGUACAUGGAGUCUUAUAAAGAUUUUGGCACCAGAGGUUUUAAAUGUUAAGAACCUUCUAGUGAAGAAUUUGAGCGUCGGAUUGAUGGUGAUGGGGAAUUGCAUAAAAUGCUGGAGUGAUAUCGACCUAAGGUCUAUGAGGACACAUGAUGCAGAGAAGCCGUUCAUUUAGUGCUUUAGCAGCUGACAAUAAACAUGUGACUUGACUGCACACUUGUUAUUGGCUUCAUCCUUGAAAUAUUGUAUAACGUGGAGUGAAGCAACAUGGCAAUGGGUAUGCCCAAAACUUGACUAACACUUCCUGACAUAUCUGCUCUUCAAAAAGACAUUGAUAGUCCUCAAAUAGUCUCUCUUUUUUGCCAGGAAAGUGGAAAGGCUCUGGCUGUGUGUGCUUUUGCAUGAUCACUUUCUAGGAUUGUUCACUCCAUUGACUGUGAACAUAAAAAAUAAUAUUAUGGUAUCCGCUAGUGAAUGUGCAAAUAAAAGUGUUGCCAUUGUUGAGUUCAGACUCAUCAUCUAUAGUGUACCAGAUAGAUGCUAUACCAAGUGUGAUCUUGCAAUUGUUAUAGAAGUUUGAACAUGGUAUCAUGAUCUCUCAGCCGAAAUAUGACUGUGGCAAUCAGGUAUAAUCUUAAGUAUAAGACCUUGGUUCCUUGACUUAAUUUUUUCUUAAAUCCAAACCUCACAAUUGUCAUGUAUAUCAAUAUUGUAUUUGUCUGCUGAUGAUGUUGAGGAUCUCGGUGGUUGUUUGAGGGAGCUCGUUCAGACUUUUGUGCAAUACGAUGAAUACUAAUAUUUUAAGUAUUCAUUUUUUUAAGUGCCUUAUUAAAGAAUGAUGUGAACACAAAGGGGCAAAAGUACAUAUUUCUAUUUCUUCUUUUUAUGGAGUAAUCUUUUUGUUUGAAAAAUUAUUUGUACUUUUUAAAUAUGCAAAUUAAUUAUGCAUGUAAAUGGCUGAUGUACAGUAUAACCUGUCGUACCCUGUGAAAUUCCCAGUAUAUAUUUCCAUUGUUGUACAAGUAGAUGAGUAUAUUGUAACUGACUGGGCAUAGUGGCUCAGUUGUUGAGUUCCUUUCUCAUGAAUUAGAUGUUGUGGAUUUGGGUGAUUUGAGUAAUACCAAAGACUUUAAAAACAGGGACUUCUGCCUUCUUGUCAGGCGCUCGAUGUAGAAUGGAGGAGGGUAAUGAAAACAUCAUUUUUUAACAAAGUUGCAACCUUGGGUAAUAAGUAGAGCUGUUUUUAUUAUAAUCAUAAUUAUUGCAUUUGCAAUAGUAAUAAAUACAGUAAUGAUAAUAUGAAAAUAAUUAUUAUUGAUACUGUUUUCAUUGUUAUUGUUAUGAUAAGAAAUUAUGAAUUGUUGGUAUAUUCUAAAGUAAUUAGAUUGCUAGUAUUAUCAUCAUAACAAAAAAUGUACAAGUUGUUUUCUUCAAAUGCCCUGGUUUAUUCAUAUGUUUUGCAUUUCAUGAUUUUCUCCUCACAAAGAAAGUUGCUUUGGGCUUUUAGAUUAAAAACUUAAAAUCAUGUGAAGAACUUUAAUCUUUGUUUUAACACUCAUCAAUGAUAAUACUUGAAAUGACAAUCCUAAUUAAAUACAAUUAGAACAUUUUGUCUAGGAGAUAAUUAUAAAUGCGCUUGCCUCUCUGUUGCUAUAUUGAUGUUUUAGAUAAAUACACUAUAUUUUUACAUUAUUA